AUGCAGAUCUCAAUGCUUCUCAAGGCCAUACUCUUGCUGAUGAUGGUUACAUUAUUAAUUGAAGCAAACUGUGUUUCCACAAGAAAGAAGGGAAAGAAGGAAAAGAAAACCAGAAAUCCGACUAAGAGCCUUUCCCAACGGAAGAAUAAGAAAAUGCAGCUUUAUGUUGAUCCUGCAAUGAUAAACCAGUUGAACGUAUCCCAAAACAAGCACUCCUUGUCACCGUGGACUUAUGACACCACGUUUGAGAAUUCCCGCAUCCCGAACUACAUCUCUGAAGCAAAGUGUGUAAGGACAGGCUGCUUGACCAAUGGUGGACAUGAAGACACUGGACUGCAGUCAAAACCAAUCUUUUACCAAAUCCUGGUGCUUAGGAGAGUAAGUGGCCGAAAGAAGUACUCAUUCAAGGUGGAGAAAAAGACCGUCAGUGUGGGGUGCACAUGUGUCAGACCCAACGUCAUUACUCAGAUCUAG